AUGGCAUCAAUAACGAGGGGGAAAUUGAUUGCUGUCAUUGGAGAUGAGGACACAUGUACUGGCUUCCUGCUUGGAGGCAUUGGGGAAUUGGACAAACAUCGCCAUCCUAAUUUUCUGGUCGUUGAAAAAACAACCAGUGUUUCAGAGAUUGAAGAGUGCUUCAAAAAGUUCACCUCAAGAGAUGACAUUGCUAUUGUCCUCAUCAAUCAAAAUAUAGCAGAGUUGAUAAGAAACGUGAUUGACGUGUACAAUCAGACCAUACCCACCAUUUUGGAAAUUCCCUCCAAGGAGCACCCCUAUGACCCCGAGAAGGACUCCAUCUUGAGGAGGGCAAAGGGAAUGUUCUCUGGAGAAGAAAUGAGAUAA